AUGGAUAGGGCCCUCGAGAGGACGCCCGAGGGCACCUCGCCCCGCACCUUUGCCCUCAACCACCUACGCCCCAAGUCCAGCUUCCAGGGCUGCUCGCGCAUCGCCGACUAUGAGCUGCAGGGCAAGCUCGGCGAGGGCACCUUUGGCGAGGUCCAUCGAGCCCGCUCCAAGAAGACGGGUGCCCUUGUCGCCCUCAAGAAAAUCAUCAUGCAUCACGAAAAGGAUGGCUUUCCCAUCACGGCCCUUCGAGAAAUCAAGCUGCUCAAGCUCCUGUCGCACAAGAAUAUCCUGCGCCUUGAAAACAUGGCCGUCGAACACCCGUCGAGACCGACCGACAAGCGCAAGAAACCAAUCAUGUACAUGGUCAUGCCCUACAUGGACCAUGAUCUCUCCGGUCUUCUCGACAACCCCUCGGUGCAUUUCAAGGAGCCCCAGAUCAAAUGCUACAUGAAGCAGUUACUCCAGGGCCUCUGCUACCUCCAUGAUAACCACAUCCUUCACCGCGACAUGAAGGCUGCCAAUCUUCUCAUCAACAACCAAGGCAUCUUGCAGAUUGCCGAUUUCGGCUUGGCCAGGCAUUACGACGGUCCCACCCCUCGCGCCGGCCGACCCGUGGGCGACGGGCGGCGCGAUUACACGGGCCUUGUCGUCACGCGCUGGUACCGGCCUCCCGAGCUUCUGCUGCAACUCCGACAGUAUACCACUGCUAUUGACGUGUGGGGUGUCGGCUGUGUCUUUGGCGAGAUGUUGGUCGGCAAGCCCAUCCUGGCUGGCGAGAGCGACAGCCAUCAGCUCGAGCUCAUCUGGGACCUCACGGGCUCGCCUAACGACGACACGAUGCCCGGGUGGAACAGACUGCCUGGCGGCGAGCAUCUGUCACCUCGUCCUCGAGCUGGAAAUCUACAGAACCGAUUUCGGGAAUUCGGCUCUGGGGCCAUCUCGCUGCUCAAAGACCUGAUGAAACUGGACUGGCGGACGCGCAUCAACGCAGUCGAUGCAUUGGACCAUCCCUACUUCAAGAUGGCCCCUCUCCCCAUGGAGCCCCACGAGAUCCCCGUGUACGAGGAGAGCCACGAGCUGGACCGCAGAAAGUUCCACGACCGCAAGGCUGCGCUCCCGCCGGCGCCAAAGGGCGGCACUGUCGGCGUCGGCCCGGAUGCCAACGGCGCCACGGCCGGCUUCAACAGCAGCGACGGGUACGGCAGCCGAAACGGCGUCAACGGAGGAGGGCGCUACCGAGGCGGCCCCGACGAGCGCAGGCCCGCGUGGCAGCGAGAGCGAGGCCCCACCUCGCGUCCCCCGCAGGAACGACCAGCUACUGCCGCGACGAAGCUGGACGACGCGGGGCUGAGCGGCCCCGAGAGGAGCGCCGGCGGCGCACCAGCAACGAUCGGUGGAACGAGCGAGAUCGGCACCCCAGAAGCCGCAGCCGAUCCCCGGUCCUCGACAGACGAGAGCGGGAGCGAGUGGAACGGGAGCGAGUCGAGCGGGACAUGUACCGACGAUGAGAUGUAG